AUGCUGAAAAGGUUUGUUUUGUUUAAAAUAUAUUUAUCUUUUCUUUACGGUUUCGAUGUUUAUAAAGUGUAGAUUACAUUAUCUUUGUGCGAAUUUUGUUAAAUGCAAAAUAUCAGAUGUUAGUAACAGUAAUUAUAAACGUUUUAGGUUACAAUUCUAUAUUGCAAAUGACCUCCGAAUACUUCGUUUCCUCAUAUCUUGCUCAACGAGUGUUUACUCAACACUUUAAUUAGUAAAUAGAUAUCGUGGACAUUACUUUGUGUACGAACAGCCAAAAUGUAUAACAGACCUUUGUUGAAUACAAUACUUUUUAUAUUAAUUUGUGUAAUAUUGCAAGUGAUAGUUUUUUCUUUUAUAGUGUAUACUAGUGCAAAACCAUCACUAAAGUUAGAACAAGUGGUUAUUCUUAGCAGGCACAAUGUGAGAACUCCUUUGUCUAAAAAUCUUGCCAGAAUGACUCAACAGCGUUGGCCACACUGGAAUGAAAAGCCAGGUUUCUUGACCGAAAAAGGUUUUCUUCUAGAAAGUUACAUGGGUAAAUUUUUUGCUGCUUGGCUGAAGGAAGAAGGAUUAUUGCCUAAACAAUGUCCUAGUGAAGAAGAUUUCUAUGUCUAUUCCAAUGGAAUGGAAAGAACAUUACAAUCAACUCACGCUUUUCUGAAGGGAAGUUUCCCGAAUUGUAAUAUAACAGUACAUCAUGCUGAUAUUAACAAACCUGAUCCUAUAUUCACUCCUAUGAUUCAUAACUCAACAGAAGUGUUCAAAAAAAUAGCAUUAAAAGAAAUGGAGAACAUUUUAAACGAUCAAAAUUUUAAUAAAUCUUACAGGGCAAUGGAAGAUAUACUAAAUUAUAAUGAAUCUGAUUGUUGUCUAAUAGACAAUGAUUGUUAUUUAGAAGCUGAUAAAAUGAAUAUUGAUUUAGUUGUUGGUAUGAAACCCAAAGUAACAGGUCCAAUGAAAAUAUGCAACGAAGCUAUUGAUGCAUUUUUGAUGGCAUAUUAUAAUGGGUUCCCAUUAAAUGAGGUAGCGUGGGGUAAAUUGAAUGAUAAAAAAUGGAGCACCAUUUUAGAAAUCACUGCUGGUUAUCAUAAUUUAACUUUUUGCGCUAAACACAUUGCUAGAGACAUAGCACAGCCUUUGAUAAAGUAUUUAACUAAUAUAUUUUUAAACAAAAAUACUAAAGUUACAUUAUUAAUGGGACAUGAUGCUAAUAUUAAUGUUUUAUUAACUGAAAUGUUAUUCAAACCAUAUGUUUUGGACUAUAACUUUAUUUCCACACCAGUGGGUGGUAAGAUUGUUUUUCAGAAAUGGUUGGAUGAAAAACUUAAUGAAUAUGUGUUGAAAAUUGAAUAUGUCUAUCAAAGUAAUGAUCAAUUGAGGGAUGGCACAACACUAUCUAUAGACUGCCCUCCACAGUUUAAAAUAUUGGAACUCCAACAUUGUAGAACAGACUAUAGAGGGUUUUCGAGCGCCCGCGCCGAGGGCCCAUUAAAGGACUUAACGUACUCGCCGGGCUCUAUACGAAUGCUAACUUUUCAGAGAAAAGCCGCAAAAGGUUUGCGGCUGAAGGAACGCAAAGUGCCGCCCGCGGUACUAGGCCGCAUAUACGCGCAGUACUGUGACGUCAUCAACCGCAUGUACGACGCCUACCUGAGCCACGUGCAGCUGCAGCGCGCGCCCGCCAUGCUACACAUCGUCAGUGUUAUAUGGAAACGACUAUACGAACUCCGUCAAGAACUAGUGGGCAUCUUAGUAAACGACUACAUUUACGUGGACGACGCACUCGUGUCAUUGAAGAAGACUCCUUAUGAUAUUCAGAUCAUAGUUCCAUACCAUUAUCCUCUGGAAAGCCGUUCUCAAGGUAUGGAGGAACUACUGCAGACGAUGUGGGCCGAAACUGAGAGGCGGAAAGCACAAGAAUUGGCACUCAGUAACAUGAACUUAAAAUUGAACACGAAAACGCCAAUAUCUUUGAAACGUCAGGUCAGAAGGUAUAUGAGAACAAAAAGAGAAGCAGUCCUCAACCACAGAAGGGACGUGAUAUUGGGAAUCGCGCCAGAUCCAUUCCAAAAAAGACUUGACUUAGAAGAAGAAAAUAAUAAGAUAUACGAAAGAACAAGUAGAAUUAGAAAAGAUUUACAAGAAAAAUAUGCAGAAGAGAUGGAGAGGGAAAAGACUAGACUGAUCGUAUUUAAGAAGGACAAUCAAAUUGAAGAUAUAACAGAACACAUAUGGCAGUGGUUCCGGGAAUGGUAUGAGGGUUAUGGGUUCUUCCCUGGGUAUCCGUAUGAAGCUGAAGGUGGUACUGUUAUGGUCAUUCGAGAGGACUACCCCUAUAUAGAAGAGCAGAUAGAAGAAGACGAGAAAUUGGCAAUUAAAAUGAAGGGCAAGACUAAAGAAAUGUUAAUACAGGAACAGAAGCAAGCAAAGCUGGACGCUGAAAUGAGAGAGGAACUAGCGAAAGAGCAGAGGUUGAAAGAAGCAGAACUGUUGUUCAAGAUGCGUUGCAACCCUCUUGCUGACCCGGGCCAUGAGCCCAAACAGUCCAUGCACACAGGAAGUAUUGUUGAGGCUCUGAAAAACUACCGAGCAGCUUGGUCUAUCUAUGAUAGUUUUCCAGAAGAAUACCCAAGUGUUGUGUAUGGAUACAUGCAGGCUAUACUAACUGAGGAUCUGAUGAACCAACUUCAUAUGGAGUGCAGGAAAUAUGUGGAUGAACUUAUGAGGUUGGAUUUAAAACUGCUGAUAAAAAUGCAUCAAAAAAUGUACCAGGACAUUGGUAAGAAGUAUCCGAAAUUGAAGCCAAGGAAAAAACCGAAAGAAGAGCCGAUUCCAGUUCCUUUUGACAUUAAUGACAAAAUAUUACGGAAUUUACAGAUUCCCCCCUCCAGGAUACGGUGAUGUUAGACGUCGUUUGCUACUCUCGUGCGUGUUUGGGUCCGGCAUCGAACCCACUGCCUCUCGUAACAAGGCCGUGAUGCUGCUGGGGCCGGCAAGAAAUGGAAAAUCAUUUAUGGUCGACGCUGUUUGUGGGGAACUUAGUAAGAAAAUUAAUACCACUCUCAAU